UUCGAGAACGGGGAACAACCGCCACACGCUCGGAAUCGGAAGGGAUAACCAGCAGCCAGCAGUAAUGGUCUCGCUGCCCCUCCCCGCCUCCCGCUCUCGAGUCCGUUGCUGCGAAGACACUCUCGGUCGUCUCAGCCCCCGCUUUGCCCCACCGCCACACGGCGCAGAGUGCUUGUUCCCGGAGCGCUCGCAAGCGGCGUUCUUCCCCCGUCCUCGCCGUAUCAUUCUCUUACGCCACGGACAGAGCGAGGGAAACAUCGACGAGAGCGCCUACACCCGCAUCCCAGAUCCCAGGAUUGGGCUCACUGCCAAGGGCUGGCGCGAUGCCGAAAGAUGCGGUCUCCGGAUCCGCGACCUCAUUGCCGGCGAUGAUGACGAGGACUGGAAGGUCUAUUUUUACGUAUCGCCCUACCGAAGGGCGCGCGAUACCCUCCGUGGCCUAGGAAAGGCCUUUGAGCGCUCGAGGGUCGCAGGGGUCAGGGAGGAACCGCGUCUUCGAGAGCAAGAUUUCGGAAACUUUCAGGAUAGGGAGAAAAUGCGAAUUGAAAAAGAAGUCCGUCGCCGUUAUGGUCGUUUUUUCUAUCGGUUUCCUGAUGGUGAAUCAGCUGCAGAUGUCUAUGACCGAAUUACAGGCUUUAGGGAAACCCUGAAGACAGAUAUUGACAUUGGCCGCUUUCAGCCACCAGGUGCAAGAUCGCCAAAUGUGAACUUGGUAAUUGUUUCACAUGGUCUGACAUUGAGAGUGUUUCUAAUGAGAUGGUACAAGUGGACAGUCGAGCAGUUUGAGGGGCUUAACAAUUUUGACAAUGGAGGAUUGCUAGUCAUGCAAACUGGUAGUGGGGGCAGAUACAGCCUCCUAGUGCACCACACCGUGGGGGAGCUUCGGGCUUUUGGUCUGACAGAAUCUAUGUUGGAUGAUCAAAUGUGGCAAAAAACUGCAAAAAUUGGUGAGUUGAAUUACGAUUUUGUGACAAACGGUUCUUCCUUUUUUACACAUCUGGUCUAGCAUCAUGCAAGGAUCAAAACUGAAGGCAAUACACAAUGAAGGCUCUAGUUCUUUCCUACUCAUCGGCAAAUCUGUAAUCAACAGUGUCUCUCUAUCGUCAUCACAUGUUUAUAAUACAACAGUUUUAUCAACAUCUUUUACUUAAAUACAAUCCCUUGUGUAUUCCUCGUGGUGCAUCAUGAUUCAAGUUGUUAAAAUGUAUGAGAAAAUACAGAAACAUAAAUAAUUCCUUGUAUAUUUAAUUAAAAACUGCUUGAUGGUUUAGAUCAUA